CAUGCCUUCUCAACCGCCCAAAGUACUCCUCUUCGAUAUUGGCGGCGUCUGCGUCGUGUCCCCCAUGGCCGCCAUCCUCGCCUACGAGCAGCAAAGCUCCAUCCCCAUCGGCUGGAUCAACACCGCAAUAUCCGCCUCUGGCAAAACCGGCUCCUGGGCAAAACUCGAACGCGGACAAAUAGCCCUCGACUCGUCCUUCUUCUCCGCCUUUACCUCCGACCUCUGCGACGAAAAGCUAUGGCGAAGUUUCUACAUCAAGUACCUGGAAAAAAGCAGAAAAGAAAGCACAGCACAAGCAGCAGAGGAGGCUGCCUUCAAUGUCCCUGCUCCACCAAAAAUCGAUGGGGAAACACUGUAUUGGGAAAUGAUGACGGUAUCGAGGAAGCCUGAUCCAUACAUGUGGCCAGCACUACAACAACUACGCAAACAUGCAAAAGAAAAGGGAUAUAUUCUUGCUGCAUUGAGCAAUACUUCUAUUUUUCCUUCUGGGCAUGAGUUUAACUCUUCUACUUCACCAGAUGGAGUUUUUCAUUCUCGGCUAAGGGGGCUCUUUGACCUGUUCGUUAGUUCGGCGCAUGUGGGUAUGAGGAAGCCUGAUGAGGAGAUUUAUCAUUAUACAAUAGAUGCAUUGGAUAAGCUCGCUAGAAAAAGAGGGGAUACAGAUGGAGUUGCUGCGGGUGAUAUUGUGUUUUUCGACGAUAUAGGGACGAAUUUGAGUACGGGCAGGAAAGUGGGUAUGAGGACUGUCAAGGUGGAAUUGGGGAGGGCGGAUAAAGCUGUGGCAGAGUUGGAGAGGUUGACUGGCUUGACGUUGAAGGGCGAGUCUGCGAAACUG